AUGGCUCCACCAACCGUCUUGCCACCUGGGUACGAUGCAAAUGUCCGGUGCGAUUUCCAUUCAGGGGCACCAGGACAUCAUAUUGAGAAAUGUCGGGCUUUUCAGCAUAAAGUCCAAGAUCUGAUCGAUUCUAAGACGAUCAAUUUCUCCCCUGUGCCGAAUGUUGUGAACAAUCCCAUGCCCGCGCAUGGCGCUCACCGGGUAAACUGUAUCGAGGGGGUCGAAUCUGAAGAUCUGGUGAUCAGUGUGGAUGAGAUUCAGACUUCUCUAUUGGUUGUAAAAGACCGUCUGCUGAAUAGUGGUGUUCAUCCGGGCUGCGGUGAAAUUUGUGUGGGUUGUGCAGAGGCCGAGGAUGGGUGUGAAUUACUGAGGGCUGGUAUCCAGGGUUUGAUGGAUCGAGGCUGUGUACAGUUUGGUAGGGCUGAUAACAGAGAUCAAGGGGCAGUGGCUACUGUCACUAUCUUCUUCAAGCCAGCUGAAGGGCGUGCGCCUACAACCAGUGGUAAUCCGGUUACCAUAGCCGCACCAGUUGCUGCUAACACUCCUACAACAAUCGUCGCUCCGGUUAGAAGGGCCGAGAAUAAUAAUGCUGUGCCUUGGAGGUAUGACAAUGCCUACCGAAGCAACAGGAGGGCUGAGAACAGGGUCAAGCCUUCAAAUCAAGCGCCCGUGACGAUUUUUGCACCUGCUAGUAAAGCCCCGGUCGUUGUGAGUCCUGCUGUGGACAACGAGAUUUCCGUCAAUCAGCUUGAAGGUGUAAUUGCUAACGUGACUACCCGACACGGCGUGGGGUUCACAGAUCUUGAUUUAACACCUGAGGGGCGGAACCACAACAAGGCCUUGCACAUCACCAUGGAGUGUAAGGGGGCUGUGCUGUCACAUGUCCUGGUGGACACCGGCUCUUCGUUGAACGUGCUGCCGAAGCAGAUCCUGAAGAAGAUACCGGUUGAAGGGGUUGUGCUGACGCCAAGUGACCUAGUUGUUCGUGCAUUUGAUGGAUCCAAGCGUUCUGUCUUUGGUGAAAUCACUCUGCCUAUAAGGAUCGGUCCGGAGGAGUUUGACAUUGUCUUCUAUGUCAUGGACAUCCAGCCUGCUUAUAGUUGUCUUCUGGGGCGUCCAUGGAUACAUGCAGCGGGAGCAGUUAAGGAGUUAAGGCUUAAGGGUAUUGUUUCAUAUUUGGGAUGUUUUGCUUGA